AAUGACUGUUUGAAAAUGGAGAAUGAAAACACGAUAGAAGAAAAAGACAAAAAGUUUUUCAUCUGGGGAGAGCUCAAAAUUGAUUAAAGUGCCAAUGAAAGGUAAAGUUGCCCUGAAUGCCAAAGGUGCAAAGAAAAGUAAAAGACAGCCUUCAAAGCAGAAGGCUCAUCAGCAGAUGAGCUCUUCCAGUGGCAAUCAUGGUCAAGUACCGGAUGAGAGCACUUCCAGUGAAACAUCUGAGGAUGAAGGAAGACCUGCAGCAACAACCAGGAGUGAAAGGAACGAGGUCAGCAUACCAAUGGAAGUAACUGAUGGCCCUGGUUUAACUCACUCAUCUGACCCAACUUCAGAGGAUGUCCGGUUGGAAGCUUCAGCCUACAAGGAGACUAUGCUGCUGUUGGAAGAGCUUAGCGUGGUUCAUACGGGUUCUGCUACUUUGUUGAAAAUGCAAAACAUACUUCUUGAAUAUGAACGGAGAAUAGAACGUCAGAAAAAUCGGUAUAAAGCGCUCUCAAGAGAAGUAAGGAAAUUGGAAGAUGAAAGGGAGGAGUCACAGUUCAGAGCGGAGAAGACUCAAGAUUUGAAAUCCGUGUCGGCUCACCAAGAAGCGGAAUGGAAAAGGGGUAUCCAAAGCCUUAGAUCUUCUUUGAAACAAGAAGAAGAAAAGAGGCUCAGAGUAGAAGUGCUGUGUGAGAAAAGGAGAGAAGACCUCCGAAGGAAAGAAGAUCAAUGUUGUAAAGAGAUGGAGGAGAAACAGAAACUUGAGUUACAGUCUAGGAAUUUAGAAAUGGAGUUAAGAACACUGAGAAAGCUCUUGAAACAGGUUGAAGAGGAACGUGAUGAAACACAGAGACAGCGCUCUCAGGAAAAGAGGGCCAGAGCCCUUCAAGAAGGAAUUUUGAACAACCACCUUGGGAGACAAAAGGAACUAGAAGAAGAGACAAGAAGAUCUAUCGGAAAAAAUUCAGAGGAAUCCCGCACUGAUAGAGAAGAGGAUCUGUUGUACAAGAAUCAGUUACUACAAGAUGAGAUUGCUAUGCUAAGGCUAGAACUCACUCAAGUAAGACUUAGGCACCAGGAGGAACAAGGAAAAUAUUUAAAGGAAAAUGAGACCUUGAAAGAAAAAAAUGAAGCUCUCAAAAAGGAACUUAAACUGCACAAGGAAGCAUUAAGACAAAUGUUUUUUCAGUUCAACGUGGAGCUGGACUUAUUCAAGAACUUGAACUUCAUUUGUCAUCAGAAAGCAAUGCUGAACGAAGAUUUCCCAGAGAACGUGAUGAAUGCCUUUGCUUGCAAGUCGAGCUCCAUCGUGACCUCUCUGACGUGCAAGAAACCAACAAGAGCUUGUCUCUGCAGCUGUGUAAAGCUAAAAGCAAAGCUAAUAGGCUAG